AUGGACGGUUUCGAGGAUUCAACGGAGGAUUUUUUGGCCAAUGGAUUUUAUCAGUUUUACACCGAGUUCCACGAGGAUCUGUUUGAUGAGUUCCAACGCGACGGUGAUCUGUUCGAGAACACUGUGGAAGAAAGUAGUUCAGAUUUCAAUGAUUCGAAAUCGGCGAUCGUUCCGGCCAAUAAUAUUGACUUGGAACUGAACGUGGAGAACUUCAUCCUGGAAUACAGUUGCAUUAACUUUAGUGAAAUCUGGGACAAAGACUUCCGGCUUCCGGAGCGAACGUUUCUUUGUGAUGACUCAUGUGAUGCAUUUCUUCGUGAAAACGAAACUAACAACUAUGCUGGCGAACAAAAGGCCCAAGAUAGCCCCCCGGAACAGGAGCCACUGUCGACGAGUUACGUCUGUCCAUUUGAAAGCUGCCGGAAGGUGUACGCCAAACCGGUGCACCUGAAGGCUCACCUGCGCCGGCACGUGGGCGAAAAACCGUAUCAGUGUAAAUGGAGCGGUUGCAAGUGGCGAUUCUCGCGGUCCGACGAGCUGGCACGUCACUUCCGGUCGCAUUCCGGUGUUCGCCCGUACAAGUGCGAUUUCUGUCCGAAGUGUUUCUCACGAUCCGAUCAUUUGGCCAAACAUCGGAAGGUGCACGAGCGAAAGUUUGCUGCCGGCAAAUCCAAAGGAGUGUGGAUCAACUUGCCACGUGGAAGACCCGGUAGAAAACCGAAGAAUGCCGUCAAGGAGUGAUUGUUGUGGGAUUGGUGUUAACAUUCGGACAAUAAAAAGUUAUAUUAGUUUUCAUAUUAACAAAAAGUUUUAUCAUAUAUCAGUAGAAAGAAAAUCGACACAGCCAAACAGUGGCGUUUAAUGUUUACUUAA